AUGCUCCACCAAGGGCAUUUAAGAGAACUGAUGAGCGACCGAGGAAGGGAAAACUUUGCUCGAGGACGCGAACAGCAUCAAGGCCCGCCGAAGCCACCCUCCCCAGCCCGCACUAUCCAAAUGAUCAUCAGUGGAGGAAACGAUGCAUCGAUCAACAAUGUGAAGUUCACAACCAUCCAUAAGAUGAAACGAUCAAUCACCUACGAACAGUAUGACGACCUCGAAGCAAGUAUCAUCUUCGACGAGUCGGAUACCAACGGUUUGAAAUUUCCUCACUAUGACGCUCUUGUUAUCACUUUACGCAUUUUAGAUUCUAAUGUAAAAUGCAUUAUGGUCGAUGGCGGAAGCGGCGCAUGCAUUAUCCACCCCCGAGUCCUCGCACAAAUGAGGCUCGAAGAUAGGAUAGUGCCACGCUGCAUCAUACUAACAGGUUUUAACAAUGCAGUUGAGCGGACAUCUGGGGAAAUCACGUUACCCGUUUUGGCCGGUGGUAUCACUUUGGAAACUACGUUCCACAUUAUGGAUCAAGAUACGACGUACAACGCCAUCAUAGGGAGACCUUAG